AACCUUUGACCAACCAGCGGUGGAGAAUCAGCUGAUAUUGUCACAUGACCUUCGUUAAAACCUGCAACUAGCCUCCUAGCAUAACAGGUCAAGAGAAAGCGGUAGCUAGGAGUGUAAAUAAACCCCAAUUUCGGGGGAAACAGCUCAAAGAAAUGAGUGUUUCAGGUGAAGAAAGCCCAAACCUCCUUGGCUUUAUGGAAGUAGAGCUGUGCCUCCAUUUGUGACCACUGAGCAGAGGAGUGUCACAGUGAAAGUGGCCAUGCAUCCCUUCGGCUGUGAGGCUGAGACCUCCCUUCAGGACCUGUUUGAGUACUUCAAGAGAUGCCUGCAGCAUGGAGAGUGGGAGCUGGCCAAUGCCUGUGUGCCACAGCUGGUUAACUCAACAGGAGGACAUUCAGAAAACCUACGAGACAUAAUCAAAGCUAUUGUUUGCCAUCCUUACGCUUUAAAAUGGGAGUCUGUGGGCAGUCCACACAAACUGGCUUGGUUUUGGCUUCAGGUUUUGGAGAAGUGGACAGACGAGCAGAUUCCUCCCCACAUCAGAAGAGAGCUUGAGUUCCUGCUGCUCCUGGAGGAGCUGGGGUCAGAGGGCAUACCAGAGACUGUUCUCAAGCAGGAGUUGCACCAGGCCUUCUUGGCCACACAGUCUGAGCAAAAGGUCCCAGAGGGUUCAAGGACAACAGAUGCUGCUGUUGAGUCUUGCCUGCGAACCUUAUUGGAGAAAAAGAAGCCCAGACUCGCCCAGUCUUUAGCAUAUUUCUUGCAGGAACAGUCAUGCACAGAGGCCCAUACUCUGCAGCACACAUUCAUCCAACACUUGAUGAAGGAACUGGGGAAACGGGAGAGAAGGCUGGAGAAGGUGGAGGAGUGGGUGGAGGAGAUAUACACCGUCUUGUCUGUGAUGCCAUGGAGCUCCCGCAGAAGCAGUGGGCAGUUGGAGGCGCUGUGUGAGGCACUGUGGGCAGCCAGAGAUGGCCCCCUGAAAGAGGAGAGGAUCCUGAGCUCGCUGCUUCGCCCUCGGUGUGAUGCUCUCAUCUCUGUGUACUGUUCCACCGCUUUGAGACUUCAGAGGGAUCAUCUGCUGAGGAGCGCGCCCGACACACAAGUGGACCUUCCUGAAGCAGAGAAGCUGGCCCUCAGUUUAUGUUGCCACAAGGAUCGUCCAUCCAUUUGGAAGACCAUUUAUUUUGAGUGCCUUAGUAGUGGGAAGCACUUCCUUGAGCAGGUCUUGGUUACUGCACUUGACCUAAUUAAACACGAGGAGUUUUCUGAGCUGAAAAACUUACUGCAGUUGGAGUUCCAGCCUUUGUGUCGUCUGCUGCUUCUCCUGGGAUGGACUCAGUGUCGCAGUCUGAGCUCGGCUCAAACACUGCUCAGCAUCCUUCACCGAGAGCAGGCACCAGCCAAUGACUCUGUUCUGCAGGAGUUUGCUAAUCUUCUGUCCUCUCAGCUUGGAAUACUUGAAUGGUGUAAAAACAACAAUCCAGGGAUUUGUAUGGAGGCAUUGCUGGCACAGCUUCACACUCUGGACAAUCACUCUGCCCUCUAUAUUCUGCAUUCCCUGACUCCUUUGGCUCAGUUUGAAGAGCGUAAGAUACUGGAUCUGCUGCAGCAACUGCCAAAUUCACCAGGAACAGAAGACACUGAGGCCGUCAGUACUCUCAGUCCCGGUGUGCAGAGGAACACAGUUUUGUUCCAGGGGUUCUGUGCCAUGAAGUAUGCCAUCUACGCUCUCUGUGUAAAUGCACAUAAAUACUCAAAUUGCACAGAGUGCGAGUCCAUGCAGCAGCACCAGCAUCAGCCCUCUGAAGCAGAAAUGGACCAAAAUCAAACCUCAAAGGGUUGCCAUUUGUUGUUCCAGCACUACCUGUCAGAGUGUCAGCUCUAUCUGGAGGCCGUGCCUGCAAUGUUCCGCCUGGAGCUCCUGGAGAACAUCUUCUCCCUUCUCUUUUUGUCCACCGCUGACUUUGCACAGCAGAUCCCAAAAGACACAAACUUGAAUCAGAACACAGGAAAUGCCACUCAGUCAGAAUGUUUAUCAGAUACAAGAAACACAAGUGUAGAAUUGGGAACCAAAGCAAAGACAGAUGAGGUUGAGUACAGCAGGAAAGAGAACCAGAAGCUGCAUAUAAGUUCACCAACAGCAGCCCACCGUAGUCACCUGGACCUGGGACACUUUAUCCAGGGCUGCACGGGGUUUGUGGUCGAUGUGACGGCCAUGGAGGGUUUUCUGAAGCUGCUGAAAGAAGGGUUGGAGGGCAUGUGUGUGGUGGGCCAGCAGGAGGGACAGGAGGCGGGGAGAGCGCUGCCUCGAGAGGCCGAGGCUGCGGAGAGCCUUGGCUGCUCAGUGACAGCUGAGACAUUCGGGGCUUGCCUGCAGAGGUUGUCCAAACGCACUGCAGAGGCCCAGUGGAGGCUGCAGAUCAUCACUAGCAAUCAGGGCAGUGGAAGUGGUUCAGAAAGUCCUCUCCAGAUGUCAACGGUCAGCUGUCCUGUCACUUCACUGGGACGCAGCAAGAGCUCAAGCCUGAGGAGAAGGAAGAGACCAGGGAGACAUGCUACAGAGAGACAAACCUCCAUGGAGAAACACAAUGGAGAAGUUAGCACGAGCGCAUCAGAUGGUGGAGGAGGGACAGCAGCAGGUUGUGUGGAAUUAGAGGUUUGUCCAUGCGGAGGUCCCCACAGCUGGUUGGUCCCUGCCAUGUUGUCCUCUCCUGAGUCUCUACUCAUGUCCUGCAUUCGCAGAGGGAACUUCAUGGAGGCACAUCAGGUGUCUCAGGUGUUUGAUCUGGGGGCGUCUGCCAGUUGUGGUGAGCUGGUGUUCAUGGAGCGCUACAAAGAAGUACUGGUGGAGUUGGGACGGGUGGAGCAGAAGAUGGAGAGCCAGUCUAUGUCUUCAUCCUCAUCCUCCUCAGAGGGUUUGGGGACAGCAGCUGUGUCAGGCACAGGGAGGAGUCGGUUGGGUAGCAGUGGGCGAUUAACCCUGCAGGCCAUUGGAAGUGCUGCUGCUGCAGGUGUUGCUUUCUACUCCAUCUCAGACAUAGCAGACCGUCUCCUCAGCACCCCUGCUCACCCGAUGCCCUCACUGGAGGAAGGCUACUGGCUGAGCUGCUGCACUUCAGACCCCUGUGGCCUCCUUUACACAUUGCUGGAGGAGCUCAGCCCAGCAGCCAUGGCUGCCUUCGACCUGGCCUGCUGCCACUGUCAGCUCUGGAAGACAUCCCGACAGCUGCUGGAUACAGCAGAGCGCAGGCUCAACAGCAGCCUGGAGGCUCGAGGAGUAAGAGUUGACCCUAAGGUUCCCCAUUCUGAGGGGAUCUGUGGAUUUCCCAUGGUAUUACAACAGAUCAACAAGAUCCUGAAUCAUUCUGCCACUAAUAAGGGCUCUGUCAAAACAGAAGCUGCUGGGGAUGACCAAGUGUUUGCCAGCCCAUUUGGUUGCUGCAUCCAGGAAGUGCUCCUGUGUUGCCACCCAAUACUGAGUGAAGAGAGCAUCGCUGCUCGGCUCAGUCUAGCUCAACGUUUGGAGACCACCCUGCACAUCCUAAGCACUGCUACAGAUGGCACAGAGGGCAGUGUGGGCAGUGCCCUUCUGGCGCUACUGGUUGAACAGGCCAGUCUGAAGCAGUCAGAUCUGGAAGCUCACCCUGUGCGCUCCAGCAUGAAGCAGCUGCUUCGUUCUCUGGACCAGCUUUGCCCCUUGGAGCCAGACGGAGAUCUUGCCAGACCAGAUUAUGUGCGCAGCUUCCUUGACUAUGUCAACACACUAGCAUCUGUGUUAGUGCGCAGCCUUGGUUCAGAAGACCAGAGCAGUGAAGUGAAGCUUGGGAAUCCACUACUGGUGUUGCUUCAAGCCCCAUUUCAGCUUCUCUCCCACCUGCUAUUUGAUAGACAGGUGCCUCCUGACAGAGUGCUGUCCUUGCUGCAGCAGGAAGGGCUGCGACUGAGCGUUCAGCAGGUGAUUGUCCAGAGAUGCUGUGAGACUCUGCCUGUGUGGAUCUCCUGUCCAGGUGAUGAAAAAGACUCCUGUCAGGCCAAGAAAGAUGACGGAGUGUUUGGUGUUGCCAGUUUGUCUGUCCUGCUCCAACAGCAUGCCCAGGAGCACAUGUCAACUCUGGCAAUCACAGAGCCUCAUUCUGACGUUAGCUCUGAGUCUGAGGCCUCAGGGGAAGACAACUCUGCUACACCCAUGAACCUCUCCACCUCACCCACCAGCCUCUCCACCUCGCCACCAUCUCAUUCAUCCUCCUCCUCCUCAAACUCUUUUCUCCUCACACCGUCGGCCCUGUCUUUCCUAAAGUCUCGCUCCCCUUUACUGGCCACAGUGGCAUGUCUGAGUGCCUGCAAAGGAGAAACUGCCCGAACACAGUCCUCCGGAUGGUCUGGCUAUUUCCGUAGCGGCCGUAAAGAGAUUGUCCUAGAUGGAGAGCAGAUUUCUCGUGAAGCAGAUAACCUCCUGAAGGAGUUCCCGAUUCUCCGGGCUUACCUUCACACCAUGGCUGAACCAGUGCUGGGCACCCUGUUAAGUGAGGAAGGUUCUGCUGGACUAGGGGCGGUUGUCUGUGGGAAACCCCUUGUCAGUCUCUUGCUGUCUGGGCCUCAAGAAGAAGUUGCCCAGGCUGUGGCUGCUGAGGCCUUCCAGAAGGCUCUCUGCUCCAGAGACCUGGGCCAAGCCCUCAGUCUGCUGGAGCUGUAUGGGCAAGGCUGCAGCCAGGAGGGGGCGCUAAGAGACCGCCUGCUUGCCUGUGCUGCCUUAGAAGAUGGAGAUGAGGGCAUAGGUCAGCUGUUCCGCGUACAGGAUGCUAACCUGCGAGCCCGUGUUACCCUGCAGGCUCUGGAGCGCUGGCCUCUGUCAGCCUGCCUGGAGCUGCUCGAGUUCUGCCUCAAUGACCCGAGCACAGAGACCUUGCUGAGAACAGACUUAGAGCUCAAGAAGAAAGAAUUGGACAUCUAUCACUGGAUGUUGAAUUUACAGCCUCCAUUGCCCUGGGCUACUUGGCAGGAGCUGAGGACUGAGUCUAAGACAAACUCUGAGUCCAUGUUAUCGAUGAUGGUCGAGGCAAAAGAGUUUGCUCUUUGUGCACAGUGGGUUGAGCUCUAUCCUUUAUCUGACCAGCUGAGACUGCAGCUACAGACUGAACAUUUGCUUCAUCUGCUGGAGAAGGGAGAGACAGAUGAGGCUUUCCAGUUACUCGAGGGCCUCUCAGAUUUUGUGGUCGGCCUAGACAUUUGUGAGCGCGCUCUGGACCGGCGCCCUGGAUUGGCUGCCUGCCACUUCCUGGCUGACUACCUUACUCUCCAUUUCCAAAGGCAGGUGUCUCCAGCACGUCGACAACACAUCCAUGCCCUCCAUCUGGGCUCCAAGGUGUUGCUGACUCUGCCCCCAGCGUCCAGGCAGGACUAUUUCCCCCUGCUGUCGGAGCCCUUGCUGAUGCUCGAGCAGCUGUUGAUGAACCUAAAGGUGGACUGGGCAGACAUGGCUGUGCGAACACUGCGCAGCCUCCUGGUUGGUCAGCAGGCUGGCUUCGGGGCCGAGGACAUCGAUAAGCUUCUGGCAGACUAUGCCUGCAAGGCCCUCGACUUCUCCUGUGCCCCCAGAGAGCGAACUCGAUCUGACUCUGUAAUCAGCCUCCAGGAUGCGCUGAUGCAGUGUCCUGCUCAAGACAGCAACUCCCUAUCGUCCAAUCGAAUUGAAUCUCCACCAUCCUCUACAGGCAGCACCCCUACACACACCCCCUCCGCAAACAGCACAAACAGAGAGAGGGAUCGGAGCUCAGCAGGGAGAAAACGCAGCUCGCCCGCCAAGUUCCAGCCUCCAGACCAACCCCCAGCCCGCAAAGACUGGGUCCCUGACACCCAGCAGCACGUGUGCAUGGUCUGCCAGCGUGAGAGGUUCACCAUGUUCAACAGACGACAUCAUUGUCGGAGAUGUGGCCGCCUGGUUUGUCAUGCGUGUUCAGAGCACAAGAUGCCUGUUGAGGGCUGCCCAGGAGAUGAAGUCAGAGUCUGUGACCAAUGUUACGCCUACUUUCACCCAGAUUCAGACAACGAGCUGGAACCAGCUGAAGUGGCUGGAAGCCCUGUGGUCACAGAGGAAGCUCUAGAUGGGAUGCUGCAUCUGCCUGAAGUAGUCCAUCGACAGAUCCAACUUAGCACAAACCCUGCAGAAAACCAGCUGCUGCGGAGCGAGUUCUACUAUGAACAGGCUCCCAGUGCGUACCUCUGCGUGGCGGUCUUGUCUCUGCACAGUGACCAGACAGCCUGUGGUCAUCAGCUCAUCAGCCACUGCCGCUCUCUGUCUCGUAAGCUGACCAAUCCAGAGGUGGACGCCUGCCUCCUCACCGACAUCAUGCGGCAGCUGCUGUUCAGUGCUAAGCUGAUGUUUGUUAAGGUUGGCCGCAGCCAGGAUCUCGCCUUAUGUGACAGUUACAUCAGCAAAGUAGAUGUGCUUAAAAUUCUAGUGACGGCCAAUUACAAAUAUAUUCCCUCUCUGGAUGACAUUCUGGAGACUUCUGCUGUCACACGUCUCCGUAACCAGCUGUUGGAAGCAGAGCACUACCAGCUAGCAGUGGAGGUGUCCACCAAGAGUGGCCUGGACCCUGGCGGCGUGUGGCAGGCAUGGGGGAUGGCAUCUCUCAAGGCAGGGAACCUUUCAGGAGCAAGGGAGAAGUUUUCGCGCUGCCUGAAGGCUCCAGUGGACCGCAACCAGCUCAACCUGGGUCCCUUACUGCUGCAGGAGGUUGUCCAGCACCUGGAGACCAAUGUACAACCCACUCUGGCCACGUCUAUUGGUGAGGACAUCUUGGCGUCCCUGCGGGAGCUGGAGGACGCCCUGUGCGAGGUUGGACCUGUGGAUCGACCAGAGGGUCAGACACAGAGCAGCAACCUCCACCAGGAGUCUCUCUACUACUUGAACGCCUAUGGCACUCACCUGGCACUGAUCAGCUUCUACAUGCGUCAUGACUGCAUGACAGAGGCCCUGACAUACCUGUUUAACAAGGACUGCCCAGAGGAGGUGUUUCUAGAGGGAGUGCUGCAGCCCAGUCUGGAGCGGGGGCACCUUGGCAUGCUGCAGGGGAUACUGGAAAAACGUGACCCUGGCCUGGAAACAUGCAGCCGCUACCUCAUCGCUUCCUGCCAGUUCCUGCAGAGGCGGGGAUACUACCACACUCUCUACCAGCUCCAGCAGUUCAUGAUGGAUCAUGUACGUGCGGCCAUGACCUGUAUCCGAUUCUUCACACAUGGAGCCAGUUCAUACCUACAGCUGGGAGAACAGCAGCGCUGGUUGGUCAGAGCCAAAGAGCACCUGAGGACAUACCUGCAGGAGCAGCAAGCCCGGGGUGCUGGGAGGAGAAAGUCUCAGGUCAACUCAUUCAGGAAGACAAUGUCGUCCAGUGACAUUUCCAGGCACAUGAACACAAUUGAGCUUCAGCUGGAGGUGACCCGUUUCCUCCACCGCUGUGAGACUGCGGCUUCCUCCAAGGCUCCACAGACCAGUACACCUUCCUCUAAGUCCCCUGGAUCCAGCUCACCACCUACACUCUUUGGAGGAAGUCCCAUGAAAGUUGAGGUUGCCUGCAAGGUGAUGCUUGGAGGAAAAAACAUAGAAGAGGGUUUUGGCAUUGCGUAUAGAGUCAUACAGGACUUCCAGCUGGAGGCACAGGCGGUCUACGUGCGGGCCGGCCAAAGGCUUGUCCGACAGAGGCAGUAUGGAGCCGUACGGCAGCUGCUCAAAUGUGUCGGUGAAUCAGGCACCGCCACCAAAAACGACUGCGAUGCCCUCAUCCUCAGCUGUGUCUCCAUUGCAGAUAAGGGACCAGCUGAUGCCAAGGAGCUGGAAAGUCUCAUUCUAGAGACCAAGAACACAGAAAGCAAGAUCAAAGCCUACCUGCUGUGCAGUAAACUGCGACCUGCGUACCUGCUGGCGGUGAAGCUGGAGCCGAGCCGAGCGGGCCCGUUCGUCCAGGACGUCCUUCAGGCAGCAGAGGGAGCACAGGACUCAGUGAUGCAGAACAUCUGUCGCCAGUGGCUGUCUGAACACCACAACAAGUCAUCUCAGCAGCGCCAGGGCCGACCCAAUGCCAGGUGAAGGCACAGUCGACAUAACAAGGGAUUACACAUAUAGCACUCUAAAAAUGUGUGGGGAGGUGAAUGAUUAGUAAGCUUUCAGAUACAUGUGACUGCACAUUGUAUGUAACAGUAGUUGCACAGAUUACAUGUUGUGUGUUCCUCAGCUGCAGAUUAUUAUAAUAUAUAUUGAUCACAUCCUGAUGAUCACGUUUUUGUUGUGUUUGUGUGGCCUUCCUGUCUGUGAAACUAACAAAUCACCACUGUGCUUUAUUUCCAUUUCUGAAAUAUUUUUCUGUUAUCUCACAUCUGUACAGUAUUUGGAAUGGAAUAAUGUUGCUGCACUAUAGUAACAACAACUGUUACAUAACAAAAUUUUAAUAUUUUGCUGUUAUCUCACAUCUGUACAGUAUUUGGGAGGGAACAAUUUUGCUGUACCAUAGUAACAACUGUUACAUAACAAAAUUCCUAACUGCAGUGUAAGCCGAUACAGUUGUUCUUACACAAUAUAAGCAUAUCUGUAACUCAGUAUUUGACUUAGAUUAAUCUCCUACCUCAACCAAAAGGGAAAAUAUAUUUAACUGACUGGAAGGCCUCUGACAAAUGUGCUGCUUGUGAGUCUUUGUUGUUUUUUUGUUUUCAUUUUUAUGUCCUUAUUGGCCCUGUGUGUGAAUAAGGUUUUUACUCAGACGUAAAUGAGGUGUCCUCCGCCAAGAACGGUACACGUUCAACCCUAGAAGAAACUGAAAAGUGUAGAAUCUUGUUUUUGUAAUCCUGAUGAAGCUGUUUACCUGUUUUACCUGAUAUUGUAUAGCACAUUUUAUGGCCAGCUUUCAGGGUAUAUUCCCUUUUGGUAAGGGAAAUUAAUAUCACACAGAAUUUAAAGUAUUUAAGGGCAUUUAAAAUGUUGUAGAGAAAUUUACAAGAAACAAACAUUUUAGGUUGGAUACAGAAAGGGACCCACUUAUAUAGAUCAUGUUAUAGAUCAAGUUUAAUUCAUUGUCCAGAAAAUCUCUCUCUAGUCGUUAGUUUAGUCUCUGAAUGGCUAGUUUUUAUGUCUCAUCUUGUGUCUCCUGUUUUGGUAUAAUUUCCCAGUGUCGCUAAUUUUAAAUCAUGCUUUUCACUUUGUUCUCAUGGGAGACUUGACCCACAUCUGUCGGAACAAUAUAAAUGAUUAAUUUACACAGAGAAUCAGUCAAAUCAUGUUUAAAAAAAAAGGACUUUUGCCAUGUUUUUCUUUUGAUCUGUAAUUUUGUUUUUGCCUUUUUUUUCACAAACCUACACCCUGAAAAACAACCAUUGUUACCACAAACCAUGUUUUCAUUACACUUAUGUUGCUGUAGCUGCAUUUUCAAGGAUACUAGAAUGUGUAUUUCAGAGCAACUCUGAUUACACGGUUAAUAAGUACAUCUUAAUUUAGAGGAGAUACUGGGUUGUCCCUGUGUCUUGCUUCCCUCUGCUGCACUAGUUUGAAUACUGAGACUGACAAAUCCUGUGAUAAUCAUCAAUCGUUAAUCGGCAAGAGAUGAGAAGAAGACUUUUGAGAUGCACGCAUACGACAUUCUUGCACUCUAAUCCUCCUUAACUUGGACUGUUGUCUCGUCACUGCCGCACUUUAUACUAAGUGAGUUUAAAAAAUAAACUUCUUUUGGUAAAAAUAUGUAAUACAGUGACUGCAAUGAUGCAGGGACUAAUGAUUUUGAAAUGUAACUGAUUUCGCCAUCCCCUGUAAAAUAAACUGAAAAUGAAAAAAAGUAACAAAAAUGG